AUGGUGCCCCCUGCGGUCGCCCCGUCGCCAGUCGCCGCUGAGCAGCCGCGACGCCGAGCUCAACUGGAGGAGCUCGCUGAGGACCCCGCCAUCCUACAGAUUGGCCCGGUCCUUCCUCCUGGCCCGGCUGCUCCUGCUCCAACCGGUCCACCUCUACGGGUCUACGUUCGGCGGCGUGCUGGUGCUCCCGCCCAUUGCCGAGCCGCCUCGCACCCUGCUUGUCGCACGGGCCGUGGAGGUGCCCCCGCCGGCGCCCGCUGUUCUGUCCGCACCAGUCGUGGAGGUGCCCCCGUCGGCGCCCGCUGUUCCAGAACAGCCGGCUCCUGCUCCAGUUGUGGCAGCCGGUCCGCCACCUCCUACUUCGAGCCGACCUGUGACGCGCCUCCAGACAGGCUCGCUGAAGCCUGUUGA